AUGUCUCCGUGUCUAAAUUACAUAACCGGUAAAUCCUCGACUCCUUCUACUUCGUGUUGCUCUUCACUCGACAAUGUGCUCAAAACGAAGCCCGUUUGCCUCUGUGAGGUUAUUAAUGGGGGCGACUCUGGACUCGGAAUCAGUAUCAACCAGACUCUUGCCCUCGCACUUCCAGACGCGUGCAAGAUUCAGACUCCACCUCUUAGCAAAUGUCAUGACCAUAGCCCAGCCGCAUCGCCAGGAAUUUCUCCAGCAGGUAUGCCACCAGAGUCUUCACUUGGUUCUCCAGUUAGUUCAUCUGUUCAAGAUGGAACAAGAUCUAAGAGUGCGACGUCUACAAAUGGUUGCUCGAUGAAGAUGUCACUUACAGGUCAUCUUGCGGUGAUUGUCGGUCUUAUCAUUGCUGCUUGUUUUGCCUGA